AUGGGCUGCGGAGCAUCGAUGGGCGCAAUGGACAGCAACGCCUUCCAGGCAGCGCUGCGAGAAGGUGAACUGCACUGUCUGCACGGUCUUCCUGCAGCCAGCAGCUUGACCUACCAAGGUGUUUUCAACGAGCAUUCGUUCUACACUGGUGGGCCAGAAACCAACGACACUCUCUCUGUGGCUGCUCAUGCUGCACGCGGUCUUUCCGGACAUCCUAAUGAAGUUUGGGUCGGUUGCUUUCUGAAAUCAUGUCGGGACGGUCAACCACGAGAUAGCGUGCCCGUGGACAUGGUCGUUGUGCUGGAUGUGUCGGGUUCCAUGAGACUUGCCGUCAGUGGUGGCGACGGCAUUUCCUCUCGGCUAGAUUUGGCAAAAGAUGCAUUGCUUGCUUUGGUUGAGCGGCUGCGUGGCGAUGACCGAUUUGGUCUUGCAACCUUCACAAGAGAAGGUCACAUUGUGCAGCAGCUAACCUAUGUGUCAGAGCUGACGGACUUGGAUGCACGCGUGGCUGCAAUGACACCAGGAGGCGGCACCACGCUGGCUGCUGGCAUGGAGGCUGCGAUCAAAAUUUCCGGGGAGGCAGACGGCUCCAGACACCGGAGGCUUUUGUUCCUUACAGACAUGGAUGACUUGAACCCUGACCAACUGGACUACUUAGUGGCGUCCCAGGCUGACCGGGGACUUUACGUAUCUUUCGUGGGCAUUGGGGCGCAAUUCAACUCGUCUUUGGCAGAGGUGGUCACAAAGCACCGCGGAGCAAAUUAUUUCUGUAUGACACGGCAGGAGGAGUUGCACAAAAUCGCCGUGUCGAACUUCGACUGGAACUUCUUUCCUGCCGCGUUUGAUGUGCAGGUCACACACCAAAGUGAUGUCUUUGAGCUUGUGUCUGUAUAUGGCACGGCUCUCGACCCUCGCGAAGAGACGAUCGAGGCAGAGUGGACGCCCAGCACACACAGAUACUAUCCGGCGGGCUUCAAGCAGACAGUCCAAGCAUUGAUGCUGUGCAUUCAGCGGAUUUCUGGAGGGGCGCUUCCUAUGCCUGCGUUUCAGAAGAUCUUGUCUUUCCUGGAUGCCGGAGUUCGCUCCGUCGUCCGCAUCGACACUGUUUUUCCGAGCGGCAUUUCCGAAGAUGGCUCUGUCGAAGGAGGCCUGAUUCUGCUCCGACUAAAGCCUCAGGAAGCGCACUGCAGCAGCUCGACUACUGGACGCAUACGGCUGAUAACGCGCUACGAGGCUGAUGGCAAAGCCUGUGCGACAUGUCAGGACCUCACGGUGUCGGACGGCCUAAAUGAGAACACGAGCUUGGGCAGAGCUGUUCGAAAGGGUGUGAUGUUACAGCGUUACGUCGAGGCGUGCAGGCAGUAUUUGCUUCUCGGUGAGCCCGUGUUGGAGAGGGCGGGAUGCGAAGAGUACCUGGCGCAGCUAAGAUCUGCGUUGUCAGAUCUGCGAGCACUCCAGGCUGAGCUGGAGUUGCACAAGGAGUUCGCGGAUGAAACGUGCCCAGGGGUGCGAAGCCAAUUGGCCACCUUUUUGGGCAUGGCCGAGCGUCAUGCGUCUCAGGCAGGUGUUCCCCAGGAAGCGCAGCCGGAGCUGCAAAUGACGGAUCAGCCGGCCCUCGAGAAGCCCCUGGACCACCGCUAG